AUGUUACAGGAAGAAAGUAAGUCGAGCAAAAUGAUUCGUUCAAUACUAGCAGCGGCAUCUCCACUUCGUCGAAUAUCUGCUGCCCGGCUUUGCACCUCCUCUAUAACGUUAACUGGUGUUCGACCUUUAGGUCCAAAAAACAAAGCACCUGAUUUUUCUGGUACAGCAGUUGUAAAUGGCAAUUUCAAAACAAUUAGCAUGAAAGAUUAUAAAGGAAAAUGGCUUAUCAUAUUUUUUUAUCCUCUUGACUUGAUUUCUAUUAUGGCCAAUACAGUGGCACAGUGGCGUUGUUUCAGCAUAUGGCGCGAUGACCCUUGGUUUGACUCUGACACAUUUGUUUGUCCAACCGAGAUUACUGCCUUCAGCGACCGAUGUGCAGAAUUUCAGAAAUUAAAUGCAGAAUUGGUUGCCUGUUCCUGUGACUCCCAUUUCUCACACCUAGCUUGGGUACAAACCCCGCGUAGUGAAGGUGGUCUCGGUGAUAUGCAGAUUCCAGUGCUUGCAGACUUUAAUAAAGACAUAGCGAAUGCAUUCGGUGUGCUUGAUCAUGAAACAGGUAUUUCAUACCGAGGUUUGUUCUUAAUUGAUCCAAAUGGUGAAAUUCGUCAUUCUCUAGUGAAUGAUCUUCCGGUUGGUCGUAGUGUGGAUGAAGCAUUCCGUACGCUGAAAGCUUUUCAAUUUGUGGAAAAACAUGGUGAAGUAUGUCCAGCAAAUUGGUCUGAUGAUAAACCAACAAUUAAGCCCGGCGUCAAGGAGUCCAAAGAGUACUUCAGAAAGGUCGGCGGUCAUACAUAG